CUUCCUAGAACUGACAGCUGCACUGCACAGUUUUUUCGUACCCUGCUGGAGAAUCCUCGCAUCGCAUUAGCGCUAAACGUAUCGAAAGAAAACGCACCGACCUGCGCCUCGCCGAACCGUAGCGGAUUGCGGAUUUGCGGUCGCUUGCAGAGCGCCGAUAAAAUGUCCUCCGGACGGAAGUGUAACAAUUGUGGAAGUGCCGAUAUCGAGGUCGACAAUGCACGGGGCGACGCCGUGUGCACGAACUGUGGGUCGGUGCUCGAGGACAACAUCAUCGUAUCGGAGGUGCAGUUCGAGGAGAAUGCACACGGUGCAGCAAGCGCGGUCGGCCAGUUCGUGGCGUCCGAUUCGCGCGGCGGUGCAACGCAGUAUGGAAAGUUUCAGGUCAGCACUGGAACCGAAUCGCGCGAGGUUACGCUGCGUAAAGCUCGCCAGGGUAUUACGCACCUGUGCAGCCAGCUGCGAUUGAACAACCAUUGCAUCGAAACGGCCUGCAACUUCUUCAAGAUGGCCCUGAUACGCAAUCUGACCCGUGGCCGGCGCAAUACGCACAUCUAUGCGGCCUGCGUUUACAUCACGUGCCGUACGGAGGGAACGUCUCAUUUGCUGAUCGACAUAAGCGAUGUGUUGCAGAUUUGCUGCUACGAGCUUGGUAGAACUUACCUCAAACUUUCUCAAUCGCUUUGCCUCAAUAUUCCAUCCAUCGAUCCCUGCAUUUACAUCAUGCGCUACGCAAACAAGCUGGAAUUUAAGGAGAAAACGCACGAAGUGUCAAUGACGGCGCAACGCUUGGUGCAGCGCAUGAAGAAGGAUUCCAUACACUCGGGCCGGCGUCCUUCGGGGUUGUGCGGGGCCGCCCUGCUGCUAGCCGCCCGGAUGCACGAUUUUAGCCGCACACCGAACGACAUCGUACGCAUCGUCAAGAUCCACGAAUCUACGCUGCGCAAGCGGCUGUUUGAGUUUGGCGAAACGCCCAGCAGCGCCCUAACGGUGGACGAGUUUAUGGCGGUCGAUCUCGAGGCGGAGCAGGAUCCGCCCGCAUUCAAGGCUGCCCGCAAGCGGGACAAAGAGCGCCUCCAGAAGCUGGAAGAGCAAACGACGGAGUUUAACCAACUGCAGGCGGAAAUCGAUGCUGCGCUCGAUCGCGAAAUGACCCGGCUGGGGAAGAAGCGCAAGGUAAAGAAUGUGGACUUUGACGAGUUGCAGGAGACGGGUCAGUUUAUAGAAGAGUCCACGAUGGAUGUAAUAACCGAGUGUUUGAAGGAGGAAACACCGGGCAGUGGUGGUGGUGGUGGUGGUGGUCGGGAGAAGAACAGCGCAAACAGUAGCAAAUCAUUUAUCCCGGAAGGUAUGCGCCCGGACCUGCGAGCUAUCUGUGCGAACACCGAGAAGGAGCGUCCGGCUGGUGAAGAGCUGGGCAGCGGUUCAUUCCUGCCGGAAGGUGAUGUCGGAGAGGGUGAACUAUUGACCGAAGAUUUGGACGAUGAUGAAAUCAAUGGGUACAUAAUGACGGAGGAGGAAGCACGAACGAAGAACAUGCAGUGGGAGAAGCUGAACGAAGAGUAUCUGAAGGAUAUGAAGAUAAAGGAGGAACGGCUGGCGAAGGAGCGCGAGGAAGGCAAGCCGGAAAAGAAGAAGCGGCGCAAUGUGAAGAAAAAGAUGUUUGGCCCAUCGCCAUCGGCCCGCGAGGCGAUCGAGAUGAUACUGCAGGAGAAGAAAAUAUCGAGCAAGAUUAACUAUGACAUACUGAAAACGUUAACGGAUGGUGAUGGAGCCGGUUCCACGGCAGCAGCGACCACUUCCGCACUAACAGCCCUACCGGUGGAGGCGAAGAGUGAAAUAAAGGGAGAGAUAAAUCCCACCAACAGCAGCAGCAGCCCAUUGUUAUCACCAGUGCGUGGUAUCAAGCAGGAAAAGAAACCGUUCGAUGCGCCGGUAGCUGAUGCGGCCGGUAGAAGCAAUUUGAAACCUACACCAAACUUUGGGGCCUCGUCGAGGAAGAAGCAUACGGCUCAGGCAACGCUGCCAGUCGUGUCGUCGGCGGGUGCGGACGACGACGAGACGGCCAAAGUUACGGAAGAUGGGACGACCAAAACUGGUCAAGACACCAUCGAUGACUACGAUGAGGAGGGCGAUGUGGAACCGGAACCUGAACCAGAACCGGAACACAAAUCCCUGGCUGACAUGCUUAACACCGGGGACGAUGAUGAUUACUAUGGCUACGAUGACGAUUACUAAACAGCAAUAUGGUAAUGCAGGGAAAAGGGAUGUACAGUUUACCUUUAGUUUUAAUAUUACAAUAGUGACGUUUUAGGGUCUUAUGUAGUAUAUUAUAUGAUUUUUGUAAGGGGAAUCCUUUGAUCAGUUCGAAUUCGGGACUAGUGAACAUAAUUAGAGAAACCAGCAACCCCAACUACAGUAACAGUACAGUAGGAAUUUUACUGUUGGACGUUUUCUUUUUUUUAUCUCGCGGCUUAGACGUGCGCUUGCUGGCUGCUGAUUUCGACAAAAAUAGACAAAAAAUGUUAUAGCGUUUUAGGAAAUGGAAUAAGGAAAAUUACGAACUUGGCAGUCAAACAGAAUACACUGGACUUUUGUGUAUGUGUGAAGUCUGCCAAAAACUAAUGACUUGUAUUAAAUUGGCAUUUAUCUCGAAAAAGAUGUCUAAGCUACGAUUUCGGGCUGUUUGGAGAAUCCCUGAAGAAAAUAUAUGUACAGCAGCUAAUUCUCGAAGUAAAAAUCAGAAGUAUCGAUCGAAAAUUAAGCCUGAGAGUCAUUAAUUGGCUUAGAACUAAGCUGGUAAAGUAGCUUUAGUUUUUUUUAUAAUUUAAUAAUACCGUUUCUCAUCAUAAUAUUAAUCUCGAUUGGAUACAAAAAUCGAAUAAAAGCGAUAAAUAAUACACAACAUGUGCAAUGGGGAA